AUGUUGAGAGGAUUUGUCAUUCGAGAGAAGCUAAAGGAAACGCUAUUUCGCGCAAGACAUGAAUGCGGUAGGGGCCCUGCUGCGUCUAUGUUGGAAGUACUCUCGAGACGACUUCGAAAAGAUUUCGGGAAGAUUUAUCGCGCAUUAGUGUGGCUGGCUGUUUUUCAGUCGAAUCCGUUCCAUUUUGCGGCCUCGUAUGAAAAACAGCGCCGGAGAUGGGGUACGCCAACCGUCUGACACAUAAACAACUUAUCAAGUCCAAA